AUGCCUUCGGGUGUUCUCAGUCAUGCCUUCCUCGUGAGCACCAUGUGGGCGGCAGCGAGCGUGGCUCAAGGAACGAUCCCUUACAUUCCAACACAUACAUUUACUACUUCAACGCAGGGAUUAAAUGGCAGCGACGUUAUCUACAUCCUUCAACCCAACAGCGAUCAGUCAGCCGUUCAGCUCCUCGCUCUCAAUUUGUCGUCAGUGAUCAAUCCAAGCAGCCCUAGCUAUACCGUUCUCUACGAUGACGUCCCCUUCCCGACCGAUAACGAGGCGUAUGUAUCGAUGCUCAAUUCCAAUGGAUCCGUAACGGUGUUUACGGGCAAUUGCAAUUCGUCACAAGAAGCACCACGAUUGUGGUCAUUUCAGCCUGACAAAUACAGUUCGAUUGGUAAUGGCACAUGGUCGUCAGUGGCAGUUGAUGGAUCAAGCCCACAGCUCACGGGUCCGGGACAUCUCUCAAGAGGGUUUGCGUAUAAUUCUUCCAAUGACACUUCCCUCGAGUACUAUACCUUCGGGGGCAUGUGUCCAUUCGCCAACGGCAAUGAGUCGGACUGGGUGUCCAACGCGAACUACUCUAAUAAGAUGAUUGAAUUAACUGCAGCAAAUACAUCGAUAGAUUCGACAAACUACAUCAUACAACAAAUCGAUUCCACAAACUCGCCCAUCGCAGAAGCCGGUUAUUCCGUCACCCCCCUCCUAAGGACGAGCUCAACAACGCCAGGAGGCGUGGUCGUGCAGCAAGAAAGUUUCCUCUUUAUUGGAGGUCACACCCAGACUGCGUUUCUGAAUAUGUCUGCUUUGGCUCUAUUUUCUCUUCCUCAGGCUAGCUGGUCCUAUAUCUCAAUAGGCGCCACUGUAGAUACCGGUAGAACGGACCUUACGAUUCGCGACAUCACUGAAAUUGAGCCUAGAUCCGGUCAUAGUGCUGUGAUGUCGCCAGACGGAAGCAAGAUUAUUGUUUAUGGUGGAUGGGUGGGCGACACGAGCACACCCGCCGAACCGCAGCUUGCCAUUCUUGAAGUAGGAGAGAAUUAUGGCGGUUCAGGAGAAUGGACAUGGUCAAUCCCGGUGUCCACGGGCUCGGGGCCUGCACCAGGCUCCGGCAUUUUCGGGCAUGCGACAACCAUGCUUGCCGGAGAUGUGAUGAUGAUUUUGGGAGGAUACUCCAUACCAGCGUCGUCAACAACAUCAAAACGAGCUUCUUCGGCAGGAUUUGAGUCAAGCUCUCAGGCUUACCUCUACAAUCUUACUUCAAACUCAUGGGUGUCUUCUUAUACCGCACCAAGUUGUGCGGACACGGGUACAAGCUCUCAUACGAGCGGCGGACUUUCUUCGGGCGAGAAAGUCGGACUCGGCAUAGGCGUAUCCGCCGCGGCAAUCGCAGUUGUGUGUAUUGCUUACUGUUACUGGUCCAGGAAACGAUGGAGCCAUCGUCGACAAAGAGACCAAGAACUUCGGAAACUGGCACUCGGCGCAGAACGUUCAAAUAUAUGGGGUGAGCCCGGAAUUGAGUCCAGUUAUCGCGGACCUAGCGAUGCCACGUUACGGAACUCAAUUAUUGAGAACAUCUACUUGUCUGGCCCGAGUCAUCGAUAUAGUGCGGUGCCGGUUCCAGAUAACAACAAGACAGAAGCAGAAAGAAGUGGCUUGUUGUACGAUGCAUCUAGUCCAUCGAGGGGUCUUCGCAGAAGCAUGUCUGGUCGACCGCAACGAGUACAUCCUGGAGGAUGGUACGAAGAUAACAGAAUAGGCUUUGGAGCGGGACCCAUUCAUCCGAUCGAUGAAAGAGAGGAGUAUGAGACGCCACCCGAAGAAAACUCUGAAAGAAGACCAGAGAGUGGAAGUUCAGAUAGCAGUACAAAGAACCGGUACUAUGAUCCUUUCAAAGACCCAUCUCCUUCGCCUACUCGUGCGCCUCUAAUUGCAUUCCAUGAGGAAUCUACACGGCAGCGUGAAGGAACCAGUAACGCAUCUAUACGCUCGGCCAAGUCUCGCUGCUUAUCGCCUGACAAGAGCGAAAGAACACAUUCUGACUUGUCAGAAUCGUCCAGAUCUGGAAUAUCAGAAUUUUCUAUACAAAGGUCGAAUUUUGGAUCUCAGAGAAGAUCGCCACUCUCGUUUCAAUCGGCUAUUCCAACAUUGGAACCGUCAAACAAUGAUGAUGGCGGUAGCGGACGCACUUCCCCAGAAAAGAGUUCUCAGCCUGCAGUUGAAGAGGGUAGCAUGAGAUGGCCAUUCGAGCGAUCCGGGACCGUGGACUCAUUUUCAACAUCAGCCAGCCGCCACAGAAGAACUGCCAUCGAAGGAGAUACCUUAUUAGGAUUGGGACCAGAGUGGUCAACACCCCCCGAAUCACCAUCACGAUUAUCGGACCGAGAAAAUAGGCCCAGCAGCAACAACUCCCAAACAUGGAUGGGAAGCAUCCGGAAAAGCCUCUCGAAUGCCCGAAGGGUCGUCCUCUCGAGUUAUGGUAACAGCUCUCCCGUGGAGGAACAUGCUUCGCCAGCAAUGUUUGAAAUCACCUCUCCUGUGGACUUUGGUGAUGACGAUGGACUAUCCCCACAAAUAUCGAGACGAGCCUCUAGCGCAUCGGUAGUAGCGCAUCAUCAGCGGCGGAAACAGGGCCCGAAAGACUGGGCCGUAGACGGCCGUUCCUCUCGACAAAGUGCCGCUGGCAGGCCGUCUUCAUCGCGUCGAAGAAGUAGUCGCACAAACGAUCUUGAUGACAAUGAAGAAGAGGAUGAUGCUUUCAACCACUAUCUUGACAUUGUCGAUGAUCCAGAUAAUGAACACCAUCGCCGUGGCGGCAGCAGUAUCGGUGCAACUGAUGACGAAGAUUGGGACGUCGAACUAGCUGCGGAAGGAAGAUUGGUUCAGAUUACAUAUACAGUCCCGAAAGAGAGAUUGAGGGUUGUCAAUGCCGGGGAUGGGGAUCGUGUUGUUAGUGAUGAUGCUUCGGAAGUGGUUUCUAGAACGUCUGAGGAGGGGAGAUAA